CGCCGGCGCCAUGUCGUACAACAAGACCGCCUCCAUCACCGCGGAGACCAUAAAUCCGAGGGUCAAGACGUUCAACUAUGAGCCCUGCGGCGAGAUUGCUACGCACGCUGAGCGCCUGCAGGAGGAGCUGAAGAAAAAUCCAGGUUCUCGCCCAUUCGAAGAGAUAAUAUACUGCAAUCUUGGGAACCCCCAGGCUCUCGGUCAGCAACCCAUAACUUUCUUUCGCGAGGUUCUUUCUCUGUGUGACAACCAAGCCCUCCUGGAGAGAGACGAGGCUCGUUUGUUAUUCAGCCCAUGCGCCAUUAAAAGAGCGCAGAAGAUUAUCGAGGCAAUGCCUGGCAGAGACUCCGGCCCAUAUACUCCCAGUCAGGGAAUCAAAAAUUUGCGUGAAUCGGUCGCCGAUGGCAUCGCUGGGAGAGAUGGUUAUCCAUCAAGGCCAGAAGACAUUUUUCUGACAGAUGGAGCGAGUGCAGCGAUAAAUUUGACUUUGCAGAUGCUCAUAAGAUCGGAGGAAGAUGGAAUUUUAUGUCCUUUACCUGAAUAUCCACUAUACUCGGCUUCCAUUAUACUCCAUGGUGGAACCAUGGUACCAUAUAACCUUAGUGAGGAUGGUGAUUGGGGGCUUGAGAUUUUCGAAGUGAAGAGGUGUUUGGAGGAGGCUCGCAUAGCCGGUUUGACUGUUCGAGCCAUGGUGGUCAUAAAUCCUGGAAAUCCUACUGGACAGGUACUCUCUAUCACCAACCAGGAGGAGAUAGUGGAAUUUUGUCGGAAAGAAGGUUUAGUUAUACUUGCCGACGAGGUAUACCAAGAUAACAUUUAUGUGGAGAAUAAGAAGUUCAAUUCUUUCAAGAAAGUUGCCAGAUCACUUGGGUACAACACGAAUGACAUCUCUAUAGUGUCAUACCAUUCGGUUUCAAUGGGGUUCUCUGGAGAAUGUGGCAGAAGGGGAGGCUACAUGGAGAUAUGUGGUUUUGGUGAAGAUGUGAUCGGUGCGAUUUGCAAGGUGGCCUCUCUGACUCUUUGCCCCAACAUAGGUGGUCAGAUAUUGACCAGCCUAGUUAUGGAUACACCUAAGAUAGGGGACGAUUGUUUUGAGAGAUUUUUGGCCGAGAAGGAAAGCAUUGACUCAUCUCUGGCCAAGCGUGCCAAGACCUUGGAGGAGGCGUUCUGCAGCUUGGAGGGCGUUACCUGCAACAAGAUAGAGGGCGCAAUCUACCUCUUCCCCAGGAUCCACCUCCCUGCAGCAGCGAUCAAAGCUGCCAAGACCGAGGGCCUCUCCCCUGACAUUUUCUAUGCGUGCCGCCUCCUCGACGACGCCGGGAUCGCCGUCGCCCCUGGCUCCGGGUUCCACCAGAUCUCUGGACGCCACAAGGCCGCCGGGACAUGUCACAUCCGGUGCACGAUCCUCCCCGGCGAGGACAAGAUCAAGGAGAUGAUCUCACGCUUUAAGGCCUUCCAUGAGGCCUUCAUGAACGAGUUCCGCGACCGAAACUGA